GAGGACCGAGACUUCCAGGGUAACCAUUUUGACCAGUAUGAGGAUGGACAUCUGGAGAUUGAACAGGCAUCUCUGGACAAGCCCAUUGAAUCGGAUAACAUCGGACAUCGUUUGCUGCAGAAGCAUGGGUGGAAACUUGGCCAGGGCCUGGGGAAAACUCUUCAGGGCAGGACAGAUCCAAUACCAAUCGUGGUCAAAUAUGAUGUCAUGGGAAUGGGACGUAUGGAAAUGGAGCUGGACUAUGCAGAGGAUGCUACAGAGCGUAGACGUGUACUGGAGGUAGAGAAAGAAGACACAGAAGAGCUGAGGCAAAAAUACAAGGAUUUUGUGGACAAGGAGAAGGCCAUUGCGAAAGCCCUGGAGGAGCUGCGUGCUAACUUUUACUGCGAGUUGUGCGACAAACAGUAUCAGAAGCACCAGGAAUUUGACAACCACAUAAACUCCUAUGAUCAUGCACACAAACAGAGGCUGAAGGAUCUGAAGCAGCGAGAGUUUGCCCGCAAUAUUUCAUCUCGUUCCCGGAAAGAUGAGCGCAAGCAGGAGAAGGCUCUGCGACGUCUACUUGAGCUGGCGGAGCAGAGGAAGCAGUUGGAAAGCGCUCCUGGCAGUGGUCCCAUGUUUAAACCAACUACAGUUGCUUUGGAUGAGGAAGGAGUGGAAGAGGAAGAUGUACCUAUUUCUACAAGCUCAACAAUGCAAGACAGCCCAAAACGAGUACAGGAAGAAAAAUCACCCCAGAUUUCCAAUUGUGCUCUUAUUCCAGCUACAACUCCAACUAUAACUUUUGGCUUUAAAAGCUCAGCUAGUACAUCAUCUCUUCAGAAAGUGGGUUUUUCUUUCUCCUUUGCUAAAAAGACUCCAUUGAAGUUAGAGUCCUCGGCGGCAGUCUUCAAGGACAUCAACGAGGAGGUGGGAUCAGCAGAGGAGGAGAAAGAGGAGGACAAACCAUCAUCUGCUGAUGUUAUAUGCACCCUGCAAGCAGUGGAGGGUGAGAGCAGCAAAGAAAGUGAAAACAAGGUAGAGGAAGAGGAAAGCCAAGUGGAUGAUGGUGCCUCCCUUGCAAGCACCUUAUCAAAACUAAAGAAGAUGAAACGAGAGGAAAGGGGGGGUCAACCUGGGGAACCAGAGUAUUAUCACUACAUGCCACCUGCCCAUUGUAGGGUGAAACCUAAUUUCCAAUUCUUGCUCUUUAUGAGAUCCACAGAGCAAACACUGGCAGAGAAUGUGCCUCUGAAGGAUGACAAGAAACAAACUGUUACAAGCAAAGUCAAACCUGUAAAACAGACAGAAAGCAAAGGAGAAAAAAGUGUAAGUGUUGAUAUGAAGAUUAUUGGGAAUCAACCAGUCGAACGUAGUGGCUCUCCUGGCUUGCCCAAGGCAGACCUGACAGAACAUACAAGUGACAAAGAAAAGCCUAACCCUACUUCCAGUGUAGAGCCACCCAAGGCUUCUCCCACUUCUGCAAAAGACCACCCAGGUCGACCAAAACUCCCAACUGGUCCAUUUUUUCCAGUUCUGAGCAAGGAUGAGAGCACAACUCUGCAGUGGCCCUCUGAGCUCCUGAUAUUCACCCAGGCUGAACCAUCCAUCUCUUUCAGCUGUAACCCAUUAUAUUUUGACUUCAAACUUUCUCGAAACAAAGAUGGAAAACCUAAAGGAGUGGAGAAGCCAAAGAAUAACCCAGGAUCAAGUAAAGAUAAUUUACCUGCCACUGAAUCGGACAAGGACCCAAAUAUCCAAAUUAAAAAGGAGGCUAUCCCAGUUAUGCAUACAUGUGGUGCCCAACCAAAAGCUUCUGCAGCUUCCUCUGAUGUUAAGGCUGAAACUCUUGCAGAAGAGGACAAAGGUGAAGCUACUGGGAAGUCUCAUAAGCACAAGAAGAAGAAAAAGCACAAGAAGAAUAGCAAGCGGAAGCGGAAAUACAAAGAAGGAGACGAGGGGACAGAACAGAAAACUAAAAAGCAUAAGAAGCAUAAGCACAAGAAAUCAAAGGGUGCUUCCAAAACAGUGUUGAAAAUUACAGAGUCUGAUGUAAAUCUGGCUCUUACUUUGGAAAAUCGCAGUGGAGACUCUGCAACAGGGAAGUCCCUAGCAAAAGAAGACAGUGGGGGAAAUACUAGUACUAAACAGGAUCUUCACACUUCUUCCAAGGAGCCAGAGAAUAAAAAGCCCAAAACUGACCUUAAAACAUCACUUCCCCCUACUGCUGCUCCAUCAUCAUCAUCUUCUCAUAGAAACACACCCACCAAGGCCAGAAGUAGACAAAGUAGUGGAGAUUACGAUAGUGAAGAUGUCAGUAGGAAAAAGUCCACGUCUAGAUACAGUGAUGAGUAUGACUCAACAAGUGAUCGCUCCAGAAGUCGAUCAAGAUCUGGAAAACGGCGGCGAUCCUACUCAUCCAGUUCAGGAGGGUCCACUGAUAGAAGUAGAUAUAGUCGCAAUCAAAGCUAUUCAGACAGUGACUAUAGCGAUUAUAGCAGUGGAUCAAGGAGGCGAUCGAAGCGGAGGUCACCAGGUUCAGAUUCAGACUCUGCGGUUUCCAAAAGACAUUCCACUAGACAUAAAUACUCCUCUUCUGAUUACAGCCGUAGUCGUUCUAGAAGCAGAAGUCGCUCGAGGAGAAGUAGGAGUCGGGGCAGAGGAAGGUCAAGUAGUAGUAGCCGAAGUCGGAGUAAGAGGAGGAGCCGCAGCUUGACUGGUCACAGCUGGAAGCGCAGCCGUAGUUAUAGUAGGGACCGGAGCACAAGUGUUCGCAGUCACUCUGGGAAAGGAUCACAUGGGCGGGACAGUGUUGAUAGUCGUAGAGGUGGCAGGCGAGACUUUAACCGUUCCAAGAUUUACCGUUCACAAUCCCCACAUUAUACUCGCUCCGGGAACCGAAGAGAGGGGGGUAGAGGUUCAGAACCAAGGAGAGCUGGUGGCUCUAACUUGCCCUGCAGAAGCACAGAGAAAGAUGUAGGGAGAUGUAUUUUAACAGCAAAGCGGCUACUUGAAAAAAUACAGUCACGACGUUUGGAAAAGGCAGCAGGCACUGCAGAAAGCAGCUCAAAGUCAGGAUCAAAGGUGAAAGACCCACCUCAGGGAUACUUCGGCCCCAAGUUGCCACCUGCUCUUGGCAUUAAACCUGCUCAGCUACCCAUGAUAGGCAAGCUCCCAGUAGGGUCCAAAGGCACAGCACCUCAAAGAGGAGAGAACGACUCUGGGGAAACAUCAGUUGCUAUAGAAGGGGAGCAGGAAAAAGAAGGAAAAACUUUGGUGGAGGAAACCCCAGUAUCUGAACCACCUACACCUGCUGUAGAACAUCUGGCCCCAGAGGCAGCAGUUUGCUGUCAGCCACCACCUCCAGGCUUUGGAGAGGGAGCUGCAUCACACCCUUUGGGCAAUGGAAGUCUUCCUUUUCCACCACUCCAGGGUAGAUUAAUACCACCACCACCACCACCACCACCUGAUGCUGAAUUUUUUCAGCCUUCAGCUUAUCCACCCAUCACAGUUGAUCCAAACUCUUCUCGGCCAGAAGGGGAAGAUGAGGAAGAGGAAGAGGAGGAGGAUGAAGGUUCAUUGGCACCUCUGGAAAGCCAGCCUAUCAUUUUUACACCAGAUGAAAUGGAGAAGUACAGCAAACUACAACAGGCUGCUCAACAGCAUAUACAGCAACAGCUCUUAGCCAAGCAGGUAAAGAGUUUCCCUGCAGGGGCUAUGCCGCAAGCAUUGCAGCCUGUAACACAAACCCUGCAGCCCAUUCACAUUCAGCAAGCACCACCUCCUGUGUCUGCUGCUUCCUUAACCACUGUACAGCAUGCCAUCCUUCAACAUGCUGCAGCUGCUGCAGCCAUGGGUAUACCUCCUCACCAUCAGCAGUUGGCUCAAGUGCACCACAUCCACCAGCCACAUCUGGCUCCUAUCUCCCUUUCCCACCUUACCCAUUCUCUUAUACCAGCCCACCAUGCUGCUUUCUAUGCUAGUCAUCCCAUACACAUAAUACCAGCCUCUGCGCUCCACCAUGCUGGGCCUCUUACUCUUCAUCAUGUCCCACAUGCCCUUUAUCCAACUCUACUUGCUCCUCGGCAGGCCACUGCUGCAGCAGCAGCUUUGCAUCUCCACCCUCUUCUUCACCCCAUCUUCUCAGGUCAAGACCUGCAACACCCACCUAGCCAUGGAACAUGAGGUGAAUCUUUGAUAUGCACACUUAUCGCGCCAAAUCUUGGCACAAGAAAAAGUUAUUGAAGUCUGCCUGGACAAAAUUGUUUAUGGAAGACUUUGGCCAACACGUCUAGGUCAUUUCAUCAUUCUGUCAUUCUUUAAUCUGUUCUGUACACUUUUUGUUUAAAUUAUAAAUAUUCUAUUGGACAUAUGUAUAGACUGAGCCAUCAAGUUGUAUGGCAAAAAUACGUGAAGAUGGGCUUCUUCUCUUCCCAAAAUUCCCUAAUAUAAAUAAAUAUAUAUAUAUAUAUAUAUAUAUAUAAUAUUUCGACUCCACACUACCAGAGUGAACUGACUAGUUUGCUCACAUCCAUAUAAAACAAAUGUCAACACAACUGAUAAUAACGAAGAUACAGUGUGGGACAAGCUGUCAAAAAUGGUGGUUUUAAUAUGACAUAUGCACUCUGUAUAUUUUUUUUCCCUGCAGUAGUUGUAUAGUAAUCUGAGGGGCAAACCUAUAGUUUUCAGCUAGUUUGCAACAAAAUGUAUUUCUGCUGCUGUGGCAUGUAUAUUCUAUCAAACUAAUUUUUUUUUUGUUGAAGUUUCUAUGUAUGAUACAAAUGUACAAAAAAAAAAGUAAUAAAGAUAAAACCCUUCAGGAUUGCAGAAACAUGUAAUAUUAAAAGGGGUAAUAAAUGAACAAAUGAAUUAUG